AAAGCUAACACGCCUUCAUCAUUUCCUAUAGGUGAAUGAAAGACCCUUACAGAAACAAAAAGUUUUUCUGCCGACAUUCUCAAUCCUUUUCAGCUCCAAAAUUCCAAUUAAUCUUUUCCUUGAAGACAAAGAAUCCCUGUGUUUUUUCAUUCAUUCAUGACCAAAUCCAACACUUUCUUUCAAAAUCUCAUAAAACCCUUCAAAUUGGGUUCCAGUAGUGAAGCACAGAACGAAGACGACAUACAGAACAUCGCUGCAAAGGAACACAAGACCUUUUCGUAUGAAACAUUGGUCGCUGCUACCAAGAACUUUCACGCUGUCAACAAGCUCGGUGAGGGAGGAUUUGGACCCGUCUUCAAGGGGAAAUUGAAUGAUGGGAGAGAGAUUGCGGUGAAGAAGUUAUCGCGUCGUUCAAAUCAAGGGAGGACACAAUUCAUUAACGAGGCCAAGUUGUUGACACGUGUGCAGCACCGUAAUGUGGUGAGUUUAUUUGGCUAUUGUGCCCAUGGCUCAGAGAAGCUUCUUGUUUACGAGUAUGUCCCUCGUGAGAGCCUUGACAAGCUUCUAUUCAGAUCCCAAAAGAAAGAGCAGUUAGAUUGGAAACGUAGAUUUGACAUAAUCAGUGGCGUGGCAAGAGGGUUGCUUUAUCUCCACGAAGACUCACACGAUUGCAUUAUCCAUCGAGACAUAAAAGCUGCAAACAUCUUACUCGAUGAAAAAUGGGUACCCAAGAUUGCAGAUUUUGGUUUGGCACGCAUCUUCCCAGAAGACCAAACCCAUGUCAAUACACGUGUGGCUGGAACCAAUGGGUAUAUGGCUCCAGAGUACUUGAUGCAUGGACAUCUAAGUGAGAAGGCAGACGUAUUUAGCUAUGGAGUUGUAAUGAUGGAGUUGAUCACUGGCCAUCGAAACUCAUCGUUUGAUUUGGAUGCCAAUGGCCUCCUCGACUGGGCAUACAAGCUAUACAAGAAAGGGAGGGCGUUAGAAAUUGUGGAUCCCGUGCUGGCAUCCUCUGCGGUUACAGAGCAGGUUGAAGUGUGCAUUCAGCUAGCUCUGCUCUGCACGCAAGGCGAUCUGCAUCUACGGCCAACGAUGGGGCGUGUGGUGGUGAUGCUGUCGAAGAAGCCGAGUCACAUGCAAGAACCAACAAGACCAGGAAUGCCUGGUUCCAGAUAUAGAAGAUUACCUCGCAGGUUUCAUGCUUUCUCUUCUUCCACGGCUGAUGGUGAUGAGUCUGAUUCUCACGGUACUUUUGAUUCAAGCAACCAUGGCACUACUAUUUCUACAACAAAAACAAGCUCAAUUGCUGCAGAAGUAGACUCGCGAGGAAAACGUCCAAUGCAAGAUAGAUUUGAUUCAACUCAUUCAAGCAAUUAUGGCACUACUACAUCUACAAGUGGAACGCUCGACAACCAUAGAAAACUAGACUCGCGAGGGAAAGGUCCAUUGCAAGGUUAGGCUAACUUUUUUUUUUAUUAAAACAAGGUUAGGCUAACUUGAUCGUUCUCUCAUUGGAGAGGUUUGGAGGGCUUAUUAUUAUUUUUGUAAUUCUUCAUGUAUCAUAAUUUUUUGUAUACAAGUAUGUAUUAAUGAUGUAAAUAUUAUUAGGUGUAGGUUAGGAAUGGCGAAAUUCUUGUGAUAUAUAGUCUCAUUUUUUCUGAUAGAAUUAUGUUUAGAGAUGAGCUGAAUGGAAAAGAGAGUGUUUUGUCUGUUUUACAGUAA